AUGAAGAACAAGAAAAAACAGACUCUCCAGGCUGACCGACCAAAGCUGAUUGACACGAGAGUGAAGAACGGGAUACGACACGGUUGUAACCAAUCUUUUUCAACCUUCUUACAAGCAUAUUACGUAAACACUAAGACAACGAACGCCAUGGACAUUGACUUUUCCGGUGCUACGACGAUAGAUGAGGGGCUCUAUAGCCGCCAGCUCUAUGUCAUGGGUCGCGAGGCUCAGCUACGUAUGGGAACAUCAAACGUUUUCAUUGUUGGGCUUAAUGGCCUUGGUGUAGAGAUCGCCAAAAAUGUGAUUUUGGCGGGGGUCAAGAGCGUCACGCUACACGACGACACGCCAGCCACGACGCUUGAUCUAGCCUCUCAAUUUUACCUAUCCGAGGUGGAUAUUGGCAAGCCACGCGCAGCAGCAUCAGUAAAAAAACUGGCAGAACUGAACCCAUACGUGCCUGUCAGGUGCCAUAGUGGCAAGAUCACGGAAGAGGUUUUGAUUGGAUUUCGGGCGGUGGUUCUUGUCAACGUCCCGUUAAAAGAGGCCAUGCGUAUUAACGCUAUUUGUCACGCUAACUCGAUUGCAUUCAUUACAACUGAAGCGCGGGGUGUCUUUGGCUCCGUUUUCUGCGAUUUUGGAGACGAAUUUAUUGUUUCUGAUCGUGAUGGUGUUGAGCCCGUGAGCUGCUUGAUCUCUUCUAUUUCCAACUCUGCACCAGCUUUGGUUACUGUAAAUGAAGACACACGUCAUAACUUGGAAACUGGAGAUUUAGUUUCCUUCCGAGAAGUGGCGGGCUUUUCGUUUCUAAACGACAGUAAGCCGAGAAAGGUAACGGUGACUGGUCCGUUCACAUUCACGCUGGAUGUUAUUGAUGACGCCGACAAAAGGCGCUUUGAGCUGGAGCAGCCGUCUACAGGUGGUUACGUCACCAAAGUGAAGCAGCCUUUGAUCGUCCAGUUUAAGAACCUAGAGAAUGCACUUGUGACGCCUGGGGAGUUUUUAGUUAACGACUACGCCAAGUUGGGCCGUUCUGAGCUGCUUCAUGUAGCAUUUCAAGCCUUGAAUGCGUUUCAAGAGAAACAUCAAGGCAACUAUCCGCGACCCGGGUGCUUGCAAGAUGCGGAGGAAGUAAGCGCCCUUGCUUGUGAGUUCAACAAACAGUCUGCUUCAAGAAACCAGUUCAGUGUCAAGAACAUCGGUGAUGCUGAUUCAAAAAAGAUCAUUUAUGCUCUUGCAGCUGGCGCUACCGGCGUGAUAUCACCAAUGGCAGCUUUUCUCGGAGGCAUCGUUGGCCAGGAAGCCCUCAAGGCUUGCAGCGGCAAAUUCACUCCAAUUCAGCAGUUUUUCUAUUUUGACGCGGUAGAGUGCCUUCCUGACGCUGUAUUCGCUGGCAUUCCUGACGAGUUCCAACCCGUUGGGUCCCGAUACGACGGGCAAAUUGUCGUGUUUGGCCGGAAGUUGCAGGAAAAAAUCAAGAGCCUAAAUAUGUUCCUUGUUGGCGCAGGUGCGAUCGGGUGCGAAAUGCUAAAGAACUGGGCAAUGAUGGGAGUAGCGUCCAACAAGGAUGGUAUCAUCCAUAUCACGGACAUGGACACAAUCGAAAAGUCAAAUUUGAACCGCCAGUUUUUAUUUCGCUCAAAGGAUGUGCAACAAGCCAAGUCUUCUGUGGCUGCUCGAGCUAUUAAGAUAAUGAAUCCGGACAUUAACGUCAAAGCCUAUAUUUCUCGCGUCGGCGCAGAAUCUGAAGAUCAGUUUAAUGAUGACUUUUUUGAGUCGCUCUCUGGUGUGUGUACGGCACUGGAUAACGUAGAGGCGCGCUUGUAUAUGGAUCAGCGCUGUUUGUUUUACGGUCUCCCAAUGUUUGAGUCUGGUACGUUGGGAACGAAAGGCAAUACGCAGAUUAUAGUUCCGCACAUAACCGAAAACUACGGCGCAUCUCGGGACCCUCCCGAGAAAAGCAUUCCGAUUUGCACACUGAAGAACUUCCCCAAUGCAAUUGAGCACACUCUUCAGUGGGCGCGUGAUUGGUUCGAGGGCGAGUUUUUUCAGGCUCCGUCAGACGCUAAUCGUUAUUUAGAGGAGCCGACAUUUGUGAAACAGCUUAACGAACAGCAAAAUACUAAGUUCGAAACACUGGAGCGGCUAAAAUAUUCUCUUGUUGAUGAUCGUCCGAUGUCUUUCGAAGACUGUAUUGCGUGGGCUCGUACCAAAUUUGAAGACCUCUAUAGCAACCAGCCCAAACAACUUCUGUACAACUUUCCCCUGGAUCAGGUGACAUCGUCAGGGGCUCGAUUCUGGUCUGGACCGAAGAGGCCACCGACGCCAAUUCUGUUUGACCCGAAGGAUCCACUCCACAUGGAUUUUGUCGUUUCGGUCGCUAACAACCGCGCAAAGGUUUACGGUCUUGAAGGGCACACAGACAGAGACGCGUUUGCAGAAGUCCUUGCUGGCAUCCACAUUCCGGAGUUUGCGCCAAAGCAGGGUGUUAAAAUUGCAGCCUCUGAUGCCGAACUUAAGCAAGGUAAUGGUGCUUCAGAGCUGGGCGACGCAGACGCUCAAUGUGACUUCAUCCUGAAAGAGUUGCCAAAACCGUCAACCCUUGCGGGCUACCGCAUGCAACCCAUCGAGUUUGACAAGGACGAUGACUCUCACAUGGAAGUUAUUGUAUCUGUUUCCAACUUGCGCGCUCGGUCGUACAAAAUACCGGAGGAAGACAUGCACAAGUCGCGUUUCAUUGCUGGCAAGAUCAUUCCGGCCAUUGCCACGACGACUGCACUUGUGACAGGACUCGUGUGCUUCGAGUUCUCGAAAGUGUUCCAGGACAAGCCACUGGACAAUUACAAAAACGGGUUUGUGAACCUUGCGCUGCCUUUGUUCACCUUUGCCGAGCCAAUUGCGCCGAAGUCUACGAAGACACUGCUCAAGGGCGAGGAGUACAAUUGGACGGCGUGGGACUGCCUGGAGGUGGAUCAAGGAGACCUGACGCUAAAGGAGUUUUUGGCAUAUUUUGAAAAGGAAUACGAUGCUGAAGUCACUAUGCUAUCCUACGGUGUCACCAUCCUGUACGCCAUGUACUCUCAAAAGUCACGAUCGAAGGAGCGCAUGACGAUGAAGAUUUCGGAUCUUGUUCGCACAGUUACCAAGAAGCCAAUUGACUCCAAGCUAAAGUAUCUCAUUCUUGAGGUUUGUGCUAUGGACGCUGAUGGAGAAGACGUGGAACUGCCGUAUCUGCGCUAUCACUACAAGCAAGAGUGA